CCCAAAAAAAAAAAAAAAAGUUUUUUAAAAUUUCUAUUUUACGCACAUUUAAAAGAAUUCUGUGUUCUUGCUUCUGGUUCUAGCCCACCUUUGCUUUCGUCCUCCGGCGCUCUCCUCUUCCCCUGCAAAUGCCUUCCGAACGAUCAACAAGCAGAGCAACGGCACAAGAAGAUGAAGAUGAAGAUGAAGAAGAAGAAGAGGAAGAGGAAGAAGAAGCCCCAUCCCAUCUUCCCCUCGCUCCGUCCUCCGAGUCAUUGGACUUAUCAACCACAAUUGAUCCAAGCUACAUCAUCUCUCUGAUACGGCAACUUUUACCAUGCAAUGUCAAGGGAGAGACAAAUGAUGCAAAGGAUUGUGAAGAACCAAAAAUUAAUGAUGCUGUUGUUGACGGGCAACAUGGAACUCCAGAAAUAGUAGACCCAUGGGAAGACUGUGGCUGCAUUUUGUGGGAUCUUGCUGUGAACAAAAGUCAUGCUGAGUUCAUGGUGAACAAUUUCUUACUUGAUGUUCUUUUGGGAACCCUUAACAUUUCUAAAUCCCCUCGAGUUACAGAGAUUUGUCUUGGAAUAAUAGGGAAUCUUGCUUGUCAUGAUGCUCUGAUCGAUGCAAUAGUUUCUACAAAUGGUUUGGUUGAAACAGUUGUUAACCAGUUGUUGCUGGAUGACUCCUUAUGCCUCUCUGAAACAUUUAGGCUACUUACUGUUGGUCUUCAAGGAAGGAGAUCUGCAUCUUGGUCUGAAGCAUUAAAAGAUGAGCAGAUACUUCUCCACAUUUUGUGGAUAGUUGGGAACACAUUGAAUUCCACCCUUUUAGAAAAGAGCAUUGAGUUCUUGUUGGCCAUCAUAGACAAUCAAGAAGUGGCAAAUAUUCUUCUUCAGCCCCUGACAAAGUCAGGCUUGCCAACUAGUUUGGUUGAUUUAUUAUCAUGUGAGAUAGGCAAGUUGAGAAGCAGAAACAAGCUGGAAAGGCCCACUGCUCUUGAGCUGAUUCUUUGUGCAAUUGAAGGACUUUCUGCUGCUCAUAAUUCUUCGGAGAGUGUUUCGUCAAAUGAACAACUUUUCCAUUUGGUUUGUGAUGUGGUCAAGCUAUCUGAUAAAUUUGAGAUUGCAAGCUCUUGUGUGUCUGCUGUCAUUAUCAUUGCAAAUAUGUUAACCGAUAGUGAAAAUCUCGCUUCUGGUAUCUCACGAGAUUUCACUUUCCUGCAUGGCCUGCUUGAUAUCUUACCAUUUGUUACUGAUGAUUUACAAGCUCGAAAUGCUCUCUGGUCCAUUCUUGCAAGACUGUUGGUUCAAGUUGUAGAGAAUGACCUGAGCCCAUCAACCCUGUGCCACUUUGCAUCGGUCUUUUCACAAAAAUCAUCUCUGAUUGAAGAAGAUUUGGCAGGCCAUUCGAUGCAGAAUUUCGAAGAAAUAGAUAGCACAAAUAUGUCUAAAACAUCAGAUGCAACUGUGGAUGCUGUGAAGAAAAUUGUCCAAAUUUUAGAGAAAUUGAUGGAGAACUCUCAGGUCUGUGAUGGAGUUGCAUCACGCGGUGAUGACGGUAGUAGUUUUCGCAGGUUACUCAAGUUCUGUCGGAAAUAUACCAUUUGACUUUUUUCAUUUUUUUUCAUCUAUUUUGUUGUAACUUCUAAGUCCAUUUCAAAUUUUGCUAGUCUCUGUGAGAAUAUGAAUUGUGGCUUCUCUCUCUCUCUCUCUCUUUAAUUUUUUUUUUAUAUUAGACAAUAUAAAUUGGAAAAUUAUUUUUGUUCUCAGUUUACUAUACUUUGCUUGAAAUGGAGAAAUAUGAAUGUGCUGAAAUUAGUUAUAUAGAAAUGUAAA